GUCUAGUCUGCCGUUGCUUUUCUGACAUCUACCUACUGCCUAUUUUCUUGAAGAAAAGAGGCGAGGGACACCUUGGGUCCUGCCACACCUCACACUCAGCGCUGCUGGCGCGGAGGUGCCGCUCGGGUUUCGGUUUGGUCUCUGAGCGGCAGCUGCGUGCCCGUUCCUGUGCUUUAGGCUUUAGAUAACCCUGUUGUCACGGGGUAAAUGUACAGAAUACAGAGCGCCACGGAGACCGCCGCACCACCACGCUGCAGACGGACCCACUCCGAGUCCCAUCCGCUCCACUCUCUGUUGCCAGCGCGUCACUUCCGGCAGCGACGGCUCAUAGCGCGCCUGCGCAGUUGGGCUUUCUCUCUCCGCGUCGCGCCGGCAGGAAGAUGGCUAAGCGCACCAAGAAGGUUGGGAUUGUGGGUAAAUACGGUACCCGUUAUGGAGCGUCCCUUAGGAAGAUGGUGAAGAAGAUAGAAAUUAGCCAGCAUGCCAAGUAUACCUGCUCCUUCUGUGGCAAGACCAAAAUGAAGAGGAAGGCUGUGGGUAUCUGGCACUGUGGAUCCUGCAUGAAGACAGUUGCUGGUGGUGCCUGGACAUACAAUACCACCUCUGCAGUGACAGUCAAAUCUGCCAUCAGAAGACUGAAGGAACUGAAAGACCAGUAGAAGCUACUUCCUGUUCUCCUUGUGAAACAUCCUUUUUUUCCACUGUCAAGAUCUGUCCUUUUAACAAUAAAAAGGUGAUAAUA